UCAAUGUUGACUUAUAUGUCAGAGUUUGUGAUUGUGCUGAAAAGUGAUGCACUCGAUGCUGCUCGACUGUUAGAGGCGUGGUGGAGAGCCUUUCUGCUGCUCGCGAGACUGUUCCUUCACUGCUGCCGACUUCUUAACCAGGUGCUUUAUGAAACCAAAGUGCCUGAGGCGGUCAUGAUGGCGCCCAGCGUGUUUCAGAGAACUAAGUCGCCGCGCACCUCCCCAGGGAACAUGCCUAGAAAAUUACAGAACGGCACAGAAACCGGGAGUCAGUCGGUCGCGACGGCGGACUCCAGUCCCGGCAACUCAAUGUCCGACGCCGAGAACUUCGAGUGCUACGGUGAAGCGGACGCUGACGCACCCGCGGCUAACACAUUAGAAAACGGUUCCAGAAGUCCAGGUAAUCAGUUGAACCGUCACUCUUGGACGAGGACCAGUCUCAGGCGGACACCGCCCAGCCAUCAAGAAAACCUACCGCAUCGACGAUGGGGCUCCAUGCGACACUCGGGGAAGCGACAAAUCGGCUCCAAUGUUUUAGCUAGCCAAUUGUACCGGUCGUCGUCCUUCAACUCAUCCGGGUGUGGGUCAGGGGGGGAGCCGGCUGACGACAUGUACUCUGAUGUCUCACUCGAAGAGGAUGUUCAAGGUCUCAACUACAAGGUCCAACUACUGCAACAGCAAGUGACAACUCUCGCCGACACGCAAAGUACGGCGGACGAGAGGUACGCACGCGCGAAGGCCGAUAACGCGGUGCUGCAGGCGCGGGUACACAUGCUGGACGAACAAAUACGAGAGAUCGAGUGUAGAUGUGAGGAGCGUAUUGCUGAGGAGCAAAAGCGAUGUCGCGACGCUAUCGCGCGCGUUGAACGCGACCGCGAUGCGCAACUGGCGGCUCUCAAUGACCGCCUCGCCGCCGCAGAGGCAGAGGCCUCGCAUCUCAAGCAAGAGGUCGGCCGACUGCGAGGAGUCGCAGAGACGUUGCGCGCGAACGCCGACAUCGGCAGCCGCAGCGCGCGCGAGGCGCAAGAGGCGGCGGGAGAGCUCGCGGCGCAGCUGAGCGCGGCGCGCGAGGCGGAGCGGCGCGAGCGCGACGCGGCGGAGGCGGCGCGCGCGCAGCUGGCGGCCGCGCAGCAGGCGCUGCGGGAGCUGCGCGCCGCGCCGCCGCCGCCGCCCGACCCGCGCCUGGCCGAGAUGAGCCGCGAGCUGCUGCUGCUGCGCGCGCAGAACAAGUCGCUGAGCGAGGCGCAGGAGGAGCUGCAGGCGCAGAUCCUGACGCGCGGCGUGGAGGCGGGCCGCAGCCUGCUGGACGGCGUCAGCGGUCCGCUUGGCGCCGCGCGCUCGCUGGCGCACGAGCUCGAGCAGAUGAGCGACGCGCAGCUCGUUGGUAGCACACACACAGAUCACAGCAUAGAGUUGGAAAAGUUGCAAAAAGCUUUAAAGGAACAACAAGAUGUCAAUGUUCAAUUAAGAAACUACAUCGAUGGUAUCCUACUCUCGAUCGUAGAGAACUACCCUCAAUUACUUGAAGUUAAAUAUCAGAAACCUGAUGUCAAGUCAUAACAUCUAAUUAUUGUCAAUAUGUCGCUUGUAGAGCAUAUUGGUCUAGAAAUUACAUGAUAGUUUUUCUAUUAUCUAACUUUAAAAAAAUCUCGUUUCUUUUUUUUUCUUCCUCUUUCUCAUCUGUGCUCUACGUGACGUUAGCUUUACUACUUAAGAAAUAAAUUAACCUUAUGCAGCAAUAUUUAUGUCAUCGGAAAAUUUUUUUUUUUAUUUAACCUGUGUUGCCAUUUUACAAACUUUCCAGUUCAGUUUACGAAUAAUAAAUCGUAAUAAAAUUGCAAUGUAUUGAUAUAUUAUAAUAUUAUAAAUGUAUUUAUUAAUAUUAUUUAAAAAAUUAAUGAUUUUUUUAGCUAUUGAGAGAUCCGACAUUAAAACUGUGAUAAAAUUGUUAAAAAAAUAAACUUGUAAUAAAUGUAUUUUAUCAGCAGGUAAAUAAUAUUUAAAUAAAUAUAAUUGUGCAAAUGAUAAUAUGAAAUGUGUUUUCAAUAAAAAAUUUAGCAAUAUAAUUUAUGUAGCCAAGGCCUAAUAUAGAAUAAUAUUACACGUAUGUUAUAAGGUUGUUAACAUUUAUUAAUAUUAAUAAAGUAUAAUCGAAUGUAAAUAGUGUAAAGUUAGGUUACGUUAUUGAUAAAUAUUGUUCCUCAGUACGAGAAAUUUGCGUUUAGUCCAGCUGAUAUAGAUAAUAUUUUUUUUUAUUUAAGUUUAGUUCGAGGGUAGUUAGAUUGUACGAGGCCAGGCCGUCCAUAUUUUUAAUCUAAAAUCAAUUUGCGAAGACUGGAUGUAUGUUAUUCCUAUUACAUUUUCUCCGCUAACUCACGUUGUAGUAAAACAAUUUUGUAAAAUUUAUUUCUAAUCCAUUCUGGGAUAUGUUUAAAGAUCACAAACGUGAUCUAUUUAAUUGAAUUUUAUAAUUAGAUUGUUAAAUUUUUCGAUACAAGAAAUUUCCGAAUGUAAUCAAUAUUAUAAUUUAUCAAUGUAUGAAAUAAAGCCAUUUAAAUAUA